GGAUCGCCUUUUUGCUAAUCCUUGGAUCCGUCGAAUCUUUCUUUCCCUUGUUAGCUAGCCAGCCAGUUACUAUAUGAAGUGCACAAGGAAGGGGAGACCAACCGGCGACCGCCCUAGCUAGCUCAGUCCCAUGAAGCUGCUCCUCCACAGCUUCACUCCCUUCUUCUCCUCCACACACCACAAGCGAACGAGCACUUGACCUUCACCCAAUUCCUACUAGCUACCAUGUCGACAUGUGGCAUGUGCGCCGGCAGCAGCUACUGCCCGCACCACCAGCGCGCCAGCUGGCCCGCUCAUGAUCACCGAUCGCCGCCGCCGGUCGAGUACCACGACUUCUUCCACCACAGCGUGCAGGGCCAGGCAGCGGCGUGGCUCCGACUGGACAACCCGCCGCUGCCGCAGCCGGCCGAGCACGAUCAAGCUGCUGCUGGGAUGAUUCACGGUGGGCAUAGGCACGGCACGUUCGAGUUGAACCGGCCACUCAUGGAUGAUCAGCACCUGCUCCAGAUGCCACCGCCGCCGACCAUCAUGCCAUUCGGUGGGGGCACAUUUGGCGACACCAUGGGAAGGGAGGCGAUCAUGGCUGUCGACGGGGAGAUGAUGAUGGUGGCGGCGCAUCAUCCCACGAUGCAUGAGAGAGAGGCGAAGGUCAUGAGGUACAGGGAGAAGAAGAAGAGGCGGCGCUACGAGAAGCAGAUCCGCUACGAGUCCAGGAAAGCUUACGCUGAGAUGAGACCGCGGGUCAAAGGCCGCUUCGCAAAGGUACCUGGAUCCGCAGCACCGCCAUCACCACCACCUUCAGGUAGCUAUGAUCCAAGUAAACUCGACCUCGGAUGGCUCCGAUGAUGUAUAUAUAGCCCAAACUUGCUAUAUAUAAAUGGCCGGGUAUCACAACUUCAUAACCUGCAGGACCUCGGAUAUAUAUAGCUAGUUGCUUCAAGUCAAACGGGACAGUUAUUGUUCAAGAGGUUAUGCAUGAUUUGCCGAUUUAAAAUGGUCCAUCAGUAGAUUUGCUGAGAUGAAACGUAUGAUGGCUCGUAUAUGUUAAUUAAUUAAUUGAAAUGGAUAAAAAUUUGAGGAGACAAGCUAUACCUAGCUAUCUACUUGAAUGUGUACUGUUUUGAAAGUCAC